AUGGCAAUCAACUUCUCAGCCUCGUUUGCGGCCUGCAUAGCCGCCGGCCUCAAAGUGCCACGUCAAAUAAUGUAUUGCAUCACACAGGACACCGGUCAGCCCUAUGUCCUCUAUAAAGAUUCCCAGGAAGCUGAAAGAAAUGCCGCCGCAAUUGGUGGUACCCCAGGACAAUGGGGCACCGAAAUGUAUCCUGGCAUACAACAACAACACUUGAGUGCACAACAACAAAAUGCCAUUACGGCAAAUGGCCAGGCGGGAGCCUCAAAUGGUCCAACAUCACAUUCACCCAAUGGUGGUGGUGAUCCACAUGGUCGUGAAAAUGGUGGUGCGGAUGGUGGUGGUGGUGCGGGUGGAACUGGUAGACAACAGGGUUCACCCUCGACCAGUCCAUACCCGCCACAACAGCAACAGCAGCAGCAACAACAACAGCAGAGAACAAACGGUACCAAUGAUGAUGAUGUGAAUAUGAAUCAGGUCAAUGGUCUGCAGCAACCAAAUUCCAAUCCACAAUCAAAUCCAAACCAAAGCUCAAAUGAUCCCCAUCAGCAGCAGCAACAAAAUGCCAAUGCCGCCUCCUCAUCCGACAAUAACCCGGCGGGGAAUAAUCCGCACAAUGUCCAGCAGAAUGGCCAGGCCAAUGAUCAUGGCAAUAAUGGUUUUCCUGGCUCCCAAAAUGGUGAAUUGUCCAGCUAUUAUGCCCCCCGACAUCCUGGCGCCCAAGGUGGCCUUAUGGCACCACCCGGUUUCCCACCGUUACAUUAUCUCAAUAAACCUGUGCUGCCGGGUUUAAAUGGCGCAAUGGAUCAGGGAGCAGGUAAUGGACCCAAUAUGGAUGCAUAUGCCUUGCCCGAGCUACUGCCGGGACAGAAUGGCUCAGCCAAUGGUCAGCAACAGAAUGGUGGUGCUGGUGGCACCGGGGGACAUCAAAAUAAUACAACCAGCAAUGGCACCGGUACGGGAGGUGGUGGAGGCGGCGGCGGAGGAGGUGGUAGUGGUCGCAGCCAUAAACCCCCCAAACCUCACAGUGAUCUGCGACUCUUCAAAUGCCUAACCUGUGGCAAAGAUUUCAAACAGAAAAGUACCCUGCUGCAACAUGAUCGCAUACACACCGAUGCCCGGCCGUAUCCCUGCUCCGAGUGUGGCAAACGUUUUCGCCAACAAUCGCAUCUGACCCAGCAUCUGCGCAUCCAUGCCAAUGAGAAGCCGUUCACGUGCGGCUACUGCAAUCGAGGCUUUCGCCAGCGGGCAAUACUCAAUCAACAUGUUCGCAUCCAUUCGGGUGAGAAGCCCUUUGCGUGUCCCGAGUGCGGCAAGCACUUUCGCCAGAAGGCCAUCCUUAAUCAACAUGUGCGAACCCACCAAGGCGAGCGACAGUUCUUGAAUACAAAAACAAAAUCCAAAAAAAAAAUGAGAAACAGAAAAAAAUUAGUUGAGAUCACCUGA